AUGCCACCAACGACCAUGAACAAGAUCCUCCUAUCCCUCCCCCCACCAGUCCUUCAACAAUCCGCAAACCUAAUCUCUUUCUACUUCCAACACGUCCGACCACUGAUCCCCAUCGUACGCAAAUAUAUCCGUCGAUUGAUCCUCUUGACCCUGUUGACCAACUUCAAGUCCUUGCCGGGUGUGUUCCAUGCAAAGAUGGGUCUUCGAAUUGCAUUGGUCCAGUUGUAUUCGAUCCGGUAUGGACGGGCGUUCAGGAUCAAGCCGACAGAGACUAGUGUUGUGAGGGAGAGGGUUUGGUUUGAUGAUCUGGAUCUCAACUUUCACUUUUCCAACAGCUCGUACGGAAAGAACUGCGACUUUGGUCGAGUCAAAUACGUCACUUCACUCCUCGGUCCCUCCGCCCUCCCUUACCAUCCCUUCCAAAAGAUGACUUUUGCCCUCGGCGGGAACCAAAUGUGGUUCAAGAAAGAAAUUAGACUCUUCCAGACCUACGAGAUCCGUACCCGCCUCUUGUCCUGGAACCAGAAAUGGUUCAUUAUCGAGCACAGGAUGUAUACCCCCUGCAAGGGCAAGACCCAGACGCUGUGUGCCAUUGGGUUGAGCAAGUUUGUGUUGAAAUUUUCGGGUGGUACUUGGAAGGGUAAGACGGUUCCGUUUUUGGAUGCGCUGGAGAUGGUGGGGCAUGAUGUUAGGCAGCUGAGGGUGCUUGAGGCCAAGGCGAAGGAGAAUGGGGAGGAGGACGGAAAUGUAGUGCUGUGGCCGAGGGAGGAGUUGAGGUUUGAGGGGUAUGAUGGGUGGACUGAUAGGGGUGCUGCCGUAGGGAAUACGCUUGAUUUGUGCGAGCAAUUGUUGUUGAAGCAGAACUGA